AUGUCCACCCCCAGCGAUGCCCCUCCCGACUCCCACAUCGACCAUGCCGCUUCCCUCCGCUACUGGAACUCCGUCGCCGCCAACGCAAAGACCAUGCUGGGCAUGCUAGGCUCGUACCCAUGGUACACGCGUAUCGAUCUUCGAGGCUCCAAGACCUUCCUUGGCAAGGUCCGUCGCAUGAUUCCCAAUUGCCCGACGGAAGGGAAGCUCCCGCUUGGCGUGGACUGCGGCGCGGGCGUGGGUCGCGUCACCGAGGGUCUCCUCAGCCAGGUCUGCGAGCGCGUCGAUGCCGUCGAGCCCAUUGAGAAGUUCACCGAGGUGAUUCGGAACUCGGAGCUGAAGCGCACGGGUGUUGUCCGGGAUAUUUAUACAAUGGGUCUGGAGAAUUGGUAUCCUGAGAAGAACAAGUACGAUUUGAUCUGGACGCAGUUCUGCGUGGGGCAUCUCACGGAUGUGCAGUUGAGAGAGUACUUUGUUCGAUGUCGGGAGGCGUUGACGGAGACGGGGAUUAUGGUCGUGAAGGAGAAUCAGUCCACCGAUCCGAAUGGGUUGGAUAUGUUUGAUGAGGAGGAUAGUAGUGUGACCAGGACGGAUGAGAAGCUUCGGACACUGUUUAAGGAGGCUGGGUUGGUGCUUGUUGCGUCGGAGUUGCAAUUGGGAUUCCCGAAGAAUUUUAAGCUCUUGCCUGUGAGGUUUUAUGCGUUGAGACCGUCGACCUGA